AUGUUCCUCAAGUCCGUGGUUUGGUUUCUUCUUCUUUGGAAAUCCGUAGCUUCACAACAAGAUUUUGGUUUCACAUACAAUGGAUUUCGAGGAGUUGACAUGAGCUUGGACGGGUUGGCACAUAUUACAGCCAAUGGCCUCCUUAUGUUGGUAAACAACACCAAUCAACAGGUGAGUCAUGCUUUGUACCCAGAUCCAAUUCACUUCAAGAAUUCAUCCACCGGCAAAGCUUUAUCCUUCUCUACUACUUUUGUUUUUGCUGUUGGGGAAACCAAGUUUGGUGGCCCAGGAAUGGCUUUCGUGAUUGCACCCUCAAGAGAAUUCCCAGAUGCUUUGCCAAGCAAUUAUUUUGGGCUUUUCAAUAUGACCAACAUCGGCAAACCAUCCAAUCAUGUCAUCGCAAUCGAGCUCGAUUGCCUCCAAAACAAGGAGUUCAACGAUAUCGAUGGAAACCAUGUUGGUAUUGAUAUCAAUGACUUGAAAUCUGUUCAAUCUGCAACUGCUUCUUACUUUAGUGAUAAAGAGAACCAGUUUGUGAACCUAAGCCUCACCAGUGGACAACUCUUGCAACUCUGGGUGGAAUAUUAUGGUGCAGAGAAUCAACUUAAUGUCACUUUAGCUCCUGUUAACAUCCCUAAACCAACCAUCCCACUCUUGUCCUUGAAAAUUGAUCUUUCUGAGUUCAUUGUGGAUCCCAUGUUUGUGGGAUUCUCCUCAGCUACAUACGUCUUGCCAGUAUCCUAUUAUGUUUUGGGAUGGAGUUUUGAAACAAAUGGGGAAGCAAGAGAACUCACUCUCUCUCACCUUCCAAAGCUUCCUCAAACAGGACAUAAAAUGAGACAUAGUCUUUUUAUUGUUGUAUUUUCCGUAAUAGGUGCUACUUCAGUUUUAAUCUCAAUCUUCAUCCUCCAAUUUAUUGUGAGAAGGAAGAAAAAGUUUGCCGAAGUUCUUGAAGAUUGGGAGCUCGAUUAUAGACCUCACAGGUUCAAAUAUAAAGAUCUCUACAUCGCCACCAAGGGAUUCAAGGAUAAGGAGCUUCUUGGAACUGGAGACGAACUCCUUUUUGAUCAAACAACAACAAAGAUGAUUCGGAGUUGGUGUCAAAGAUUUCGAAUCAUCAAAAGCGUGGCGGAUGCGUUAUCAUAUUUGCACCAAGAAUGGGAACAAGUUGUGGUUCAUAGAGACUUCAAGUCCAGUAAUAUCUUAUUAGACAAGGAGCUAUAUGGAAGAUUGGGAGAUUUUGGUCUUGAAAGAUUAUAUGACCAUGGAGCUGACCCUCAAACCACCCAUGUGGUAGGAACACUUGGUUAUCUUGCACCAGAACUUGGUAGGACUGGAAAGGCAAACCCUAGUGUGGAUGUGUUUGCAUUUGGGGUUUUUCUGCUCGAAAUUGCUUGUGGUAGGAGGCCUAUAGAGCCAGAAGCAUCUGAAGAGAUUCUUGAUACUGUGGAUCCAAAAUUGGGAUUGAAUUAUGAUGUGAAUGAAAUGGAGCUGGUGUUGAAACUUGGAUUGCUUUGUUCUCACUCUAUUCCAACUAAAAGGCCUCAUAUGGUAGAAGUUAUGCGAUAUUUGAAGGGAGAAGUUCCUCUACCGAAGCUGAGAUUGCUUGGUCUACAAACAAGCAUCGAUGACACAGAUUUUGUGCCUUCAAUAGGUUUUGGUGAUGUCUCUGUUGGCAGUCCUUAUCCUAGGAGCCCAAUGACUCGGUCAUUAUCAAUUUCACAAUCUUUACUCUCGCAAGGUCGAUGA